UUAAAAACACGGAAGUUUUCAGGCUGAGGGUGGAUCUCCUGUGGCAACACUUCACGCUGUCAUCCAGAAUAAGACCCAGCGCGUAAAUCUGUUCAGGAUUCCAGCCUGAGCGCUUCCUCUGGAGCAGAGAGCCGCUCAGCGGGACGUGGCUGAAAUGGCAUCCGCCGCACAGACGCAUCCAGGCGCGCAGGAGAGCCGCUUUAUCCCGGGCAGCACUGAGCGUCUGAGCCCAUCCGCGGUGAACCGCUUUCUGAUGGAGUUCCUGAUCUACUUCGGCCGGGCUGUGGUGGUCUUCUACCCGGUCUACCUGACCGGGUACCUGGGCUUCAGCAUCAGCUGGGUCCUGCUCUGCAUGUUCAUGUUCACCUGGUGGCAGAAGAACCGGCAGUGGAAGGACGUCCAGAUCGGAGGCGCUUUGGAUUUGGUGGACAACGAGAAGCAUAUUAUCAACACCGAGCUGAAGGGUUCCUUACAGAUGGCUUCUUGGGUGCAUUUCACAGAUGUUGAGAAGGCUAAUUGGGUGAACAAGGUGUUGGAGCAAGCUUGGCCCUUCGUUGGGAUGUACAUAGAGAAACUUCUGAAAGACAAUAUCCAGCAGACGGUCAGGAUGUGCAACUCUGCGCUCAAAAUGUUCACUUUUACCAAGAUUCACCUUGGACACAAAGCUCCAAAGAUCACUGGGAUUAGAUCGUACACCCAUGAAGUGGACCAGAGGGAGGUGAUCCUGGAUAUGAACAUAAAUUAUGACAGUGACGUGGACAUCGAUGCAGAUGUGAAUAAAGCCAUCACUGUGGGCGUUAAAGGGUUACAGUUCCAAGGAAUGCUCAGAGUCAUUCUAGAGCCCCUGGUUGGCCAGGCGCCGCUGGUGGGAGGAGUCACUCUCUUUUUCAUUCGCUGCCCUACUCUGCAGAUCAACUGGACCGGCAUGACCAAUCUGUUGGACAGUCCAGGCUUUAGCUCUCUGUCUGAAGAUACCAUUAUGGACAUCAUUGCGUCCAUCAUAGUCUUGCCAAACCGCAUGUGUUUUCCCCUGAUUGACCAAGUCAAAGUUGAUCAGAUGAGGUUUCCUCUGCCUCGGGGCGUGGUCCGGGUCCAUGUGUUGGAGGCCAGAGACCUGAUGGCCAAGGACACCUACAUGAUGGGCUUAGUGAAAGGCAAGUCGGACCCUUACGCCACGGUCAGAGUGGGAAACCGACAUUUCAAAACCAAGACCAUCAAAGAAAAUCUGCACCCGAGAUGGAAUGAAGUUUAUGAGUUUGUCGUUCAUGAGGCGCCCGGACAGGAGCUGGAGGUGGAGCUGUACGAUGAAGACAGAGAUAAAGACGAUUUUCUAGGAAGUUAUAACAUGGAUUUGGGAGAAAUAAAGAGGGAGAAAGAAAUGGACCAGUGGUUUACCUUGGAAGGCGCUACUAGUGGAGAGAUUCAUCUGAAGCUGCAGUGGCUCGCCCUGAGCUCUGAGCCUUGCAGGGAUCUUAGACCUUCCACCAACAGCGGCCUGUCCUGUGCUAUGCUUGCGAUAUACCUGGACAGCGGCAGCAACCUUCCAAAGGACCACAGUGAGUUAGCAUCCAAUCAGAAACAUGGGAAACAUGGCAGAGAGGCAAGGCUUACAAAGAAAAAUGUGGGUCCCAGCUCCUAUGUGGAAUUUACCCUUGAUAAAGAUGUUCAGAAAAGCAAGGUUGCCUUUAUGAGUAAAGACCCGGUGUGGGAGCAGGGCUUCACUUUCUUCGUACACAACAUAGAAACUCAGCAGCUGGUAGUUCAGGUCAAAGAGCAUGAGAAGAAGACCGUUCUCGGGGUUUUCAACUUGCCUCUCAAUCGCCUCUCUGAAAACUCCCAGAUGUCUCUAGACCAACGCUUCCCGCUUGAGCGCUCAGGAGCCAACAGCCAGAUCAAACUGAAGGCCACUCUCAGGAUUCUUACAGAGGAGCGACCUCCAACCAAGAUCCCCGAAAGUUCUCCCGUGAACGUCAACCAGCAGAUGUCAGCAGGCGGAAAUGCCUCGGUGUCCGCUGCCCAUCCUGGGGACCCCGCCAAAUCUCAGCCGGCGGAUCAGCUCAACAGAACAAAUGAGGCUUCUUCAGCUCAGCGGCGCCGGAGCUCCUUCCUGGUUUCUGAAGCCAGUAAGUCCCCGAACGCCAGCAUGCGUCGCUACGACUCCCACAGCCUGCUGUCGGAUAACUCCAUCGCCUCGUCGCGGUUCGACCUCUCAGACGGAGCCUCCUAUCCUGAGGCUAUAAGGAACCAUCAAGGUACAUUUGGAGAAAUCCACCUGACUGUACGCUAUGCUAACAUGAGGAACAAGCUUAUAGUCCUGGUUCACGCCUGCAGGGACCUGUUUCUCUGCAGCGACCAUGGCACAGACUCCUACGUUCGCAUGUAUCUACUGCCAGACCACUCAUGGAGACACCGCAAAAAGACACACGUCAGGAAAAGGACGGUCAAUCCCGUCUUUGAAGAAAAGUUUGAGUUUGAUGUGUCACUUGAAGAAGCAAAGACCAGGAAGCUGGAUAUUUCUGUAAAAAAUAACAAGAUGUUCCAUACGAGGCAGAGAAAGGACAUAGGCAUGGUGAUGUUGGAUAUCUCACAGAUGGAUCUAAUAAAAGGAGUCUCCGAUUGGUAUGAACUUACCCUACCUGGACUAAUGAAAUCCAACAAAUAGGAGAAGUUGUAAAGGACCAGCAGGCAGCUGCAGGAAAGUGAACAGAUGUUCCUCUAGAAGAUCUAUGAGGAUCUGAGGUGGCUUCCCUCUGAGAAGCCUAACAGGAAUAUCUUCCCAGUUGGACGAUAUCCAGACCGGGGAACCCUCUAUGCGGAGACAUUGAGAUGAUCUUGUCUCUGAAUGUUGCACUUAAAAGCAAUUGUGUUGAUAUUUUGUUAUAUGAACAAUGUGUUGUGUAUAAAAACAAGUUGUGUUUUUGUGUUUCUAUAGGAAAUGUGAAGCAUUGCUGUCAUUUAAAAAGUUUUGUGACCACAGCAUAAAAAAAAACAAAAACGUUUUCUUGGGGUCUACCUGAGCUGCCUGGAUUUUUAGAUGAAAAAUAUGUAUAAAAAAAUAAAAUGCUCCAAAAAAAUGCUCCAAAAACCCUCCCAUGUUUGCAGUGUAGAAAAUGGAUCCAUGCAGCUGGGUGGCCUUUGCUGAAGCUCUGAGCUCACCGGAUAGAGCCGACCACAUGAAGGGCUGUGCGGAGAGGUGAAGGGAAACUGCUUUUAAUGUUUAAGGGUGUGGAAAGUAGAUGUGUUUUAUUUCUUUGCUGCAAAUUAUAUUUUAAGUUGAAUCCUUCCAUUCACCAGACACUUUUGAACAGUUUUUUUUUUACUUUCAAACUUAUUCUCAUGGCUCAGGGGAUUAUAACUAAUAUCAAAGAAUACAAUAAAUCCUUUUGGGGAGUAAAUGUAUGCACUAAAUUAUAUUAAAAGGUCUUAUUUCUAUUUUUUGUUGUCCAUAAGCUGCAAAUAUGAGCUGUUUCCAAGUGUGUGAGGUAUUGUUACAUUUUAUUGAGAUA